UAAACCAGUAUAAAUGUCCAUUCUGUGAUAUGACGAGUCCAUCUCCAUCCAACAUGAGGUUGCACAUUAAAUAUAGACACUCUCAAGACAAACCAUUCAAGUGUGACAUUUGUACAUACAGAUGUAAAUCCAUGGCUGAUCUCAAAAAACACUCAGAAACUCACAACACUGAAGGUCCAUAUAAAUGUGAAUUUCUUGAUUGCCAAUAUAAGGCAAAACAUUACAAACGUCUUGAAGGUCAUUAUAGUCGAAUGCAUCAGAAACAAAGUGCAACUUACCAGUGUCAUGUAUGUAUAGAAACAUUUACACGAGGUGCAUUACUCACAACACAUCUCAAAACAAAGCACAACUUUAACUGGCCUGCUGGACAUUCUAGAUUCAGGUAUAAACGUCAUGCAGAUGGGAAAUUUCGCUUACAAACUGUUAGAUAUGAGAGUGUGGUACUUACCAGACAAGAGGAAACCUCAUUAAAUGUAUCAAGUACAAGUGAACAGGUCAGUGACCCACCUGAUAGUAAUAAUUCAUAUCCUACACAUCGUACUAAAGGUAUAGUUCUGGUUGAAAAACAAGAUAGGACAGCUUUAUUAGAUAUGAAUACUUCUAAUAGGGAUGUCUGCUUACUUUCACUAUUCAAUUCUGAAGGGCAGAAGAAAACUCAACAAUGUUCUGAAAACCAAAAUACAAAUGAUAAACAUAGAAAGGAAAAGGUUGAUGAUAUUGAAAAAGAUAAUAUGGAUAUUGAAAGCCUUGGGAGUAACAUUUCUGUUGUUCAAGAUGUUCAAGAUACAGAUUUCAAUAUAAACAACAGUUGUGACUACAACAAACCUGGACAUGUUCACUCUGAAAAUAAUGCAACAGUAGAAGAACCAAUUGAAAUCCGAAUCAUAACUAAUGAGGCUGGUGAAUAUAUGGUUCAAAAUGAUAAUAAUGGACUGAAAGAGACUGUAAGUAGAGACAUACAGAAGCAAAUGGAGAUAGAGGGAGAGACAAUGUAUAAUCUACAAAUGUUAGGAGAUGUUGCUUUACAGGAUAAACGUCAGGAGUCAAAAGUAAUCCUGACUGACUUGAUCUGAUACACAAUUUUAUCUGUUAAUUGGAUUAAAAAUCAGGAAAUCAUUUUCCAUCCACAAAAAAAUAGUUUGGAAGGCUAUAUCACUUUUUCCUGUUCCAUCCUGACCCAUCACCGGUUGAAAUAUUAACUUGAAACUUGGAAUAUUAAAGCAAUAUCACAAUGCAACUGUCUAUACUCAGACAGUUAACAUAAAACUGCCCCUUUUUAACUGAGAAAAUAUCCCAAAAAUGUACCAAAAUGGCAAUAGCUUUAUUUUUAUUAAUGAAUUGUCUUCAUAAUUGGACAUUACAAUCAUUUGGAAUUUUUCUAUAAAGUGAUUGGACUGACCUUGAGCUUGAGUCAUAAAUUACCUUGACCUUGUUCCAAAUUUUAAAUUUUGCUGUAACUGGCUAGAAAUGUGUUAUGAAUGGAUAGUUUUCAUAUUUAGACACAACAUCCUUCAGGACCUUUAUGGAGAUCAAACUAAUUUUGACCUUGACCUUAAAAGUGUAAUGAUUGAAUUUACACUGAUUUUUAGCUUGACUAAACGAGGUAUAGGGAUAGUUGUCCUACUCAGACCCGGACGUCCGCGUCCAGAUUUCAGAUUAAAGUUUGGUGCAGUAAAAUAUUUUUUACUAAACUUUUUCAUUUCUUAAGCAAUCAACUUAAAACUUCAAAUAUAUGUUUCUUAUCAUCAACCACAUCUCAUGUGAAAAAAAAAAAUCUUUUAUUUAUUUCUGUUCUCUCAUGAUUGGCACAAGUCCCAUAAGUUUGAUUUGCUAGCUCAGGGUGAGCUUUUAGGAUCGUUGAAUGUCCGUCGUCCGUCCACACUUGUUUGUUAACACUCUAGCGGUGACAUUUUUGCCUCAAUCAUCAUCAAACUUUGCCAGGAUGCUUAUCUAGGUAAUAGCUCGGAUGAGUUCGAACAUGGGUCAUCUCGGAUGAAAAACUAGGUAACAGGAGCUAAACAUAGAAAAAUCUUGUUAACACUCUAGUGGCUACUGUUUUGAUCCAAAUAUCCUGGAAAUUGGUCUUAAAGUUUGUUUUGAUCCAAAUAUCCUGGAAAUUGGUCUGAAAGUUUGUUUUGAUGAUUUCUAGGUCAAGUUCGAAUAUGGGUCACCUGGGGUCAAAAACUAGUUCACACUGAUCAAAUAUGGAUAAUCCUUGUUAACACCCUAGUGGUCACAUUUUUGACUCACCUGUCAUGAAACUUGGUCAGAAUACUUGUCUAGGUAAUUGUUCGGAUGAGUUUGAUGGGUCAGGUGAGCAAUCUAGGGCCAUCUUGGCCCUCUUGUUUGCAUAAUUAUGCCCCUUUUUCGACUUAGAAAUUCUUGGUUAAGGUUUUGCGUGUAAGCUGGUAUCUCCAUAACUACUGAAGGGUUUGUGCCCUUUUUGGAACAAUUUUAGGCAUUCAUAAUAAUAAAGCAGUGAUUAACUCAAUAAACUUUCUUUUAAAUAAGUAGAAGUAGCACAUGUUUAAAACAAAAAGUAAUUUAUUGGUAUCUAAUAUUAAAUAAAACGAAUUAAGAUGAAGUACUGGCAUUGGCUUUAGAAUAUUGCAACUUACUAUAAACAAUUAGUAAGAAAGAACAAAUAAAUAUUUAAGUAAAGAACUUUGAUUUACUCACAGAUGAAUCAAAUUUGUAGGAAUAUGAUUUAAACUUAAGUAAAUGAAAACAACAAGUAGUCAAAUGAAUAAAUACUCAAAUUCUGCUCCAUACAUAAUUAGGUAAAGAAGCAGAUGCUUGUUUUGGUUGAGUCUUUUAUGUUUUCUUUAGGGGGUGAGUUGUCAUACACAAAUUUACACUUUAUAUGCAUUUAUUUUUUUCCAAUUAUUGUUAUUAUCUUAAAUGCUUCUGGGAUUGUUGUUUUAUCAAUUUAUUUGUAAGUAAAAUUGUUAUAUGUCUAUUAACGGAAUAAUUUUAAUGAACACGAAAUUAGUUCACACCUACAUGUGUAUUGAUAACGUGAUGGUUUAAGCCAAUGAAAAAAACAUCAAUAUUAUUAGACUUAUGACAGUCAGGCGGAGAAAAAGUUUGCAAAGAGUAUCGAUAAUCUUUAUGUAGCAAACAAACUUUGAAUUGCAAGUAUUUUUAGCUCGACUUUUCUAUGAAAAGGGGAGCUAUCCUACUCGCCCCGGCGUCGGCGUCACACCUUGGUUAAGUUUUUCGUACCACCCCACUUUAUUUCAGAAGUAUUACAAGUAUGGCUUUGAAACUUACCAUACUUGUUCACCAUCAUAACCUCCAUCUACAGACAAGAGUACAUAACUCUGUCAAGGUUUUUGACAGAAUUAUGGCCCUUUUUUGACUUAGAAAGUGUAUUGAGCUUGGUUAAGUUUUUUGUACCACCUCACUUUAUUUCAAAACCAUUGGAGGUAUUGCUUUGAAACUGACCAUACUUGUUUACCAUCACGACCUUCAUCAACAGACAAGAGGACAUAACUCUGUCAAGGUUUUUGACAGAAUUAUGCCCCUUUUUGACUUAGAAAAUACAUUGAAUAUGGGUAAAAUCCACUUAUUGCCUUAACCCUUUGAGAUAUUGCUUUGAAACUUUUAAUGCUAUUUCACAUCAUUACCCCCAUCUGUACGCAAGAGAAGGUAACUCUGUCAAGGAUUUGUUUUAAAAAAUUAAGGCCUUUUAUCGACUUAGAAUCUUGGUUAAGUUUUUAGUACCAGUCCACUUUUUGACUGAACUGUUUGAGAUAUUAAUUUGAAAGUUGGAAUACUUGUUUACAAUCAUGAUUUUUUUUCUUUCUUACCAGCCCUCUUUUGACUUAAACAUUUCAAACUUUGCUGCAGUGUUCAAGGGUAUCACACAAUUCAGUAAAAUAAUUCUUCACUAAAUAUCUUAAUGCUCAUGGCCAUUGUUCACUUUAAAAAUACAGAGAUUCUUGUAUUGCCUUUUACUGCAAAAACUUUUUUUAUUGGCAAGCAAUAAAAAAGUCGAGCGCGCUGUCUUACGGACAGCUCUUGUUUCAUAUCUUUUCGGCUGGAUAAACUGUCCGAUGGGGGGGCAGGCAUUUUCGUAUCGUAAAAUGGCUGCCAUUUACAGUAUCAAGUGAUUGUCCCAAGCACCACGGGAAUUAUAAAUAUAGCUAACCUCGGCGCGUCGCAUAGGAUGGAAAAUACCUUUUUCAUAUUUUAUUGUAAUAAAUAUUUACGUAA